GGCCCAGUCCAUCGUCUCCUCCUCUGCUGUUGGACUGCAAACACAGGACGGAGCGGAGUGACCAUCGGGCUUUAUUCAUAGCUGGACUAAUUUCAGUCCUCCCUCGCAUUGGGUAAACAGCACCGCCCAGAAGGUUGUUUGUUUUAAGUGUGGAGCGAUCCAUCGCAGAGCGCCGUGCUCGAUUGACACUGUCUGCUGAUCUGCUACUGCAGCUUUCUCAGAAUAACAAGGCGGCUCGCUAAUUCCCGUCUACCGGGGCUUCCACCGAAACGCCGAGCGUACCAAAAAACCAAGAAGGCGGGCAGGAACGCCGCGCCGCAAGUGCCCGCACCCCAGAAUGGCUUCGGGAGACCUUUACGAGGUGGAGCGAAUCGUGGACAAGCGGCGAAACAAGAAGGGCAAGUGGGAGUACCUGAUCCGCUGGAAGGGCUACGGCAGGAGGCAGGACACAUGGGAGCCGGAGAACCACCUGCUGCACUGCGAGGAGUUCAUCGACCAGUUCAACAGCCUGCGACUGCACGCCCCGCACAAGCCGCUCAAACCCCCAAAGAUGCUCCACGGAGCGCCGUCCGGCCCGCGGCCCCUCGCCACCGCCCGCCCCGCUCACCCGGACCCCUUCAGAGCCCGCGCCGACACCCGUAAGAAGAGGCAAAGCUCGGAUCCCCGCGCUGGGGGGAGAGGGGGGGACGUGGCCGGGGUGGAUGUGGUGGUCGGGGGGGGCGGGGAUCCAGGGAGGACACAGAAGCAGAGGGUGGGUGGUGGGGGAGCGGUGGGCAAGCAGGCUCCGGAGGAGAGGAUUAACAAAGUGAUGACGUUCAAGCCCACCUCGCCCCGGCAGUUACAGUUUGUUCCCGCCAUGAGGGCUUCGCACAACGGACUUCAGAAUGGAGAGGCAGAGCCUGUCUUAUACCGGGCGUCGUCGAGGACUCCGAGGCCUCCUCCAGACAAGGGGGAGAGGACCCUGGCGGACGUGGCUAAUCCUGGGCAACAGCGCGCUGAAAACCUAGGCUCCCCUUUGGCCAACGGGAGGAUUCAUCUGCACAGCUCGGCCAAGCGGAAGCUGGGGGAGGACAGGGGAUACGUGUUCGACAAGCGGCUGAGAUACAACGUACGGCAGAGCGACUCACUCUGCCGUUUCCGGGACAUCGUGGUCAGGAAGGAAGAAGGCUUCACGCACGUGCUGCUGUCCAGCCAAACGACAGACAGAAAUGCCUUGACACCUGAGAUCAUGAAGGAAGUUUGUCGGGCCUUGGGCAAUGCAGCUGCAGAUGACAGUAAACUGCUGCUGCUGACCUCCGUGGGGACUGUCUUCUGCAGCGGCCUGGAGCCCUCCUACCUCAUAGGGCGUCUGUCCACAGACCGGAGGAAAGAGAGCACUCGCAUUGCAGAGGCUGUGCGGGAUCUGGUGUUGGCAUUCAUCCACUUCAAGAAGCCCAUUGUGGUGGCUGUGAACGGCCCUGCUCUGGGCCUUGGGGCCUCCAUCCUGCCUCUGUGUGAUGUGGUGUGGGCCAGCGAGAGAGCCUGGUUCCAAACCCCGUGUGCAGCCCUCCGUCUCACGCCCUCUGGCUGCUCCUCCUACACCUUUCCCCAGAUCCUGGGUGUGGCGCUGGCCAAUGAGAUGCUGUUCUGUGGGAGAAAGCUCACAGCACAAGAAGCAUGCAGCCGGGGUCUGGUUUCACAGGUCUUCUGGCCAGCCACAUUUAACCAGGAGGUGAUGAUACGUGUGAGGGAAAUGGCUCUUUGUAGCUCUGUGGUGCUAGAAGAAUCCAAAUGCCUCGUGAGGGGCAUCCUGAGACCUGUGUUAGAGGAGGUGAAUGAGAAGGAGUGCCAGAUGUUGAGACAGUUGUGGUGCUCCACCAAAGGUCUGGAAGCUCUCUUCGGUUACAUGCAGAAUAAAGCCUAUGACAACUGACCCUUCAUGCAAGGAUGCAUGGAACCUGGCGGAUUUUACCAACCUCUCUACCAGCAAGGGCACGCUUCUUCAACAGUCACCGUUGAAGCGCAACUUCAUGUUUUUGUGAUUCUACUGUCCCAGUCCUCGAAGAAAUCAAAGAACGGCCCAAGGGCCAAACGCUCAUUGCUUAAAGGGUAAGGCCUGUGUAAACCUGUACACUUUCAUUACCGUCGUACGGAAUGAAAAGAUCAAAGGUGACCUGCUGUUGUCCACCUAAAAUGUCUUGUUAUCUAUCAAUUAACUCUUAGGUUCAGUGGUGUUUUACCAUUACAGCCCAUUUAACAAGUUUGGCUUGUUUUCUUAGAAGAAUAGAGAAAUACACUGAGCCCACGUUUAACGCCAGCCUGAUCAUUUUAGAGAUUAUAUAUCAGAGAAUGAUCCUCUUCUAGGAAGAAACAUAGACUGUUUGUAUGAGUUUGAAAGCUUUGUGAAAGGUUCGGAAAUGUGUACAUGCAAUCGCCUAUGUUUCGAAAUAAUUUAUUUAAUGAAACGUAAUAUAUUAUAUAUAAUAUAUUGAGAUAGAGAUAUAUGUAUAUUUGUAUUUAAAAAGUAAGCUUUGUGUACAAAGUGAAUAUAUGGUCAGCCUUUGUUGUACAUUCUUAUGAAUAUAGAUUUCCAUGUCUGCUGAUGGUCUGUGCACGAGUCGCUAUUCAAGCCAUUGAGUUAGUUUAGCAAAAAAACCAAAGUUUGCAUCCGAGUGAAGCACAAGUUUCUCCCUUUUAGAUACAUAAUUUCUAUGGACAGACUUAAACUCCACAAUGGCAUUGAGUGCUCAAAGCAGUCCUAAUGACAUUGAUUUGUUAUAUGCCAUUGAGUUGCAAGAGUUUGAAUUAAAUUAUUUAUUUCUUCAUAAAGUACUUAUAAUUAUUUAAAAAAAGACUUAAAGGAAUAUUGUAAAUUAGCAGAAUGAAAUCUAAUAUUACUGACAUAUUUAUCGCAUCACACUUUUUGAUCUAGGCUAAUUAAAAAGAGACCAUACUUUUUGUAAAUAGCCAGAUCAUGGCUAUUUACAAUCACCCUCAAAUUGUUCACUUUCUUUUCGUCUGUAUUAUAUUCUCAACAUAUGUUACACUUGUGAUUAGUGUAGCUGCAAGAAUACAUUGACUUCUUGAAGAAGCUUUGGCAAGUUUGAACCCAUUAAGGUGGGGGUGGGGGCAUUUCGGCUAUUAGAUAUUGAUUUGUAUAACACUGAAACCGUAAUAAUCUGCACGAAAGAUGAAAUCGUAUUAGUGGCCACUUAAUAAAGUGAAACAUUAAAUUGCUUUGGUAUACAUCACACAUUGCAAAUGGUAUGCAUCACACUAGUGUAUCACAAAGGUGUAUAGGGCCUAUAUUGGUUGUAAUAAUCUAUCAAACUAGUGCAAAAGAUAUCGUACUCUACGGUGUGUUGAAUGUGUUGGAUAUAGAUCGUGUUUACCAAAGUCUGAUGAUCAUGUACAUGUUAUGUUUUUUUUAAGUUGAUCUUUUGUUUGUCAUGGACAUCACCGUAAGGUGUUUGUUUGGUGUCUGCGUUGUCUACGUUCUGUAUUGUGAAGCUGAAACCAAGGUAGAACUUAAUCACAUGUGAUGUUAGUUUCAUGAAAUGAUAUACAUACAUAAACUUCUAUUGCAUUUACGUUUUUAAUUUACCAAAAAAUAACGACUUCUGUGGAAAAUAGUUUGAAUAAUUCAGAGGAUUGUCCAGUUUUCCAAUCAGACACAGGCAGUGCAUAGACUAUAGAGGCUAGCCAUUUGUGUAAUGAACUGCAUGUAAUAUACUGUAGAUAUAAAUGUAUUGCCUGCCAGAAUACUUUCUAUUACAGGGUAUGUUUUGUAUUGGCAUUGUAAGUAGUGUUUGAAAGCAGUUUAUUUUUGUAUUUAUUUGAAAUUUUAUUUACAGUCUGCUGUGCCAUUUUCCAUUCCCUCAAUCCCUCCACAACUUUCUGAAUUAUCCACAAUAUAAAUAAUGAUGAAUAAAGUGUCAUGAUGAAUAAAUUAAUUAUAUUCAUUCA